GUAUGCCAAUUCUUUCUUGCUUUUCUUCCACUCGUAAACCGUAAACAUGAGAAACUCAUUCAACUUGUUAACUUUUUUUCUUGUUUGUUAUCCAGUCGUAACAGCUUCGACACUAGUCUUCAACGUUAUUGAUUAUGGAGCAGUUGGCAAUGGACUAGCAGAUGAUACAAAUGCUUUUGCAAAAGCAUGGGAAGAAACAUGCGCAUCUUCUUCGUCUCCGACCAUGAAAGUUCCUUCAGACAGCACAUUCUUGGUUCAGCCGCUGCGCUUCAUCGGCCCUUGCAAAUCACGCUCUCUCACCCUCCAGAUAGACGGGAAUCUGGUGGCGCCUGCUCAUCCUUCAACCUGGAAAUGCGAUGCCAAUCUCUGUCACCAAUGGCUCUACUUUCACCGUGUCGACGGCCUAACGCUGCGCGGCCGUGGAACAAUCGACGGCCGCGGCCACAAAUGGUGGCAGAAUAAACACCUCAACAGACCAACUGUUAUGGAGAUCUCGAACGCGGACAAUGUCCGCGUGGGAGGUGGGCUGAGAUUUAAGGACAGCCCUAUGAUGCACAUCGUGCUCAACGGAAUACAGUCGGUUUUCGUCUCCGACGUCACCGUAGAAGCUCCGGCGAAAAGUCCCAACACCGAUGGAAUUCAUGUUCAAGACUCUACAAAUGCUCAGAUUCAUAAUUGCACAAUUGGGACAGGGGAUGAUUGCAUUGCAAUAGUUAAUGGGGCCUCGAAUGUAAGGAUUAGCAACAUCGUAUGUGGACCAGGCCAUGGAAUAAGCAUCGGAAGCUUAGGCAAGAAUGGAGCAGAAGACAAAGUCGAAGAUGUUAGGGUGAGCGACGUCGUUUUUCUAGGUACCACCAACGGUGCAAGGAUCAAGACAUGGCAGGGAGGUAGAGGGUAUGCUAGAGACAUACAUUUCGAGAGAUUUUCGUUCCACGACACGACUAAUCCGAUCAUCAUCGACCAAUUCUACUGCGAUCAUCGCCACUGCACAACUAGCAAAUCUGGUGUGGAGAUCAGCAACGUGAGUUACAGAAUGAUGGUCGGAAGUUCGAGGAGGGAAAGAGCGGUGGUGAUGAGGUGUAGCGAGGCUGUGCCGUGCAGGGAUAUCGUGGUGGCGGACUUGCACAUUGUCACGGCCAAGGACACGGCGGCCACCUGCGACUGCGCCAACGUCUACGGAAGAGCUCAAGGCCAUCUGCUUCCUAAAAUUUCAUGUUUGGAGCAGAUAUAAGUUGUAAGCUGGGGAUUGCCAAUUUUUUCCACUUUUUUUAAUUAGUUUUCGUUUAGUUCUUGGAUCUAAUUAAAGUUCAAAUUAUUUUAUUAUAAUUUGGUAGAAUUUAUAUUCUUAGACUCAAGGUAGAACAAAGUUGUGAAUUCUUGAAGUUUAUCCAGAUUUAUCUAGUGUUUU